AUGUCGCUGUCUAAAUGCUGCAUCCAAGGUUUCGAAUGGCACGGCACGCCAUCAGGCCGGAUCAGCAAACUCGCCAACAGCAACACCUACAUCACAGGCGACAACCCCAACGCUGCCAUCCUGCUUAUCGCCGACUUGUUCGGCAGGACCUUUGCCAAUAACCGUCUCCUUGCCGACCAUUUUGCCCGCGAAGUCGGUGCAACGGUCUACGUGCCUGACUUUUUCGGUGGAGAAGUCAUUGAUUCUCAGGCCCUUGCUGAAGAGAAAUGGGAACAAUUCGACUUUGAGGGCUUCAUGCAGAGAAAUUCACGCGAUAUACGUGAACCAGAGAUUGUCGAGUGUGCUCGUGCCCUGCGUCGGCAGUAUAGGAAAGUCGGCGCCGUGGGUUACUGCUACGGCGGCUGGGCUGUUUUCCGUCUUGGAGCGAAAGAGCAUCACGACAACCAGCAUCAAACGCCGCUGGUAGACUGUAUCAGUGCCGGGCACCCCUCACUGCUCACCGAGAAGGAUAUCGAUGAGGUGGCAGUGCCUGUGCAGCUGCUGGCUCCGGAGAUGGAUCCUGCGUAUACGCCGGAGUUGAAACUGCAUACUUUUCAGACGCUGCUCAAGCUCGGUGUGGUGUUUGAUUAUCAGCAUUUCUCGGGGGUUGUUCAUGCUUGUCUUGUGCGUGGGGAUGAGCAUGUACCUGGGGAACGGGAGGCGAUGGUUAGAGGGAAAAAUGCACUUGUGGCGUGGAUGAGGCAUUUCUUGAAGGAGGCUUGA